UGCAAGCACUUGACUUCUUCGUGAGGAGCCUCACCAUGACUCGACGGGAUGCGAUCCGCAUCCUCAGAAACGUCAGUGUAAACGUUGGGAGCUUGCCCGCGACCGCAAAAACUCCACCUUGAGCUUGCGCGCGUCAUAGCAAGCCCCACCAGAGCUACACAAACCAUCUCCAGCCUCACAGCUGCCCACAUCAACAUUGACCACACCGCAACUAACAGGAAUGCCGGACCCUACAGACAUCCCGGCCUUCGCCGCCUCUCAGCUGGUUCUGCUCGAUGCUGAGCUGAAGGCCGAGCUCGCGGAAACAGACGCCCUCCUCUCCUCGCACACACCGACUGCCCUGGCCCGCGGUGGUCUCGCGAUCCUGAAUCUCAAUGUCUCCUCUGUGCGAACCGGCAUGGGCGGCAAGACCAUCGUGGAGCUUGCCUUAGACCCUGCGGUGGUCACAAAAGGCGCCAAGCCAGAGAUACCUGAGCACGGCAUACGAGUUGGAGACAUUGUAGCGGUCGCAGACCAGCCGGCGGGCAGCGCAAAGAAGACUGAGAAGAGGGAGCUGGAGAAGAAGGGCGCAGAGGGCGUGGUGCUGCGGGUGAGGCGCGAAAACGUUGAGGUGGUGCUGGACAAAGAAGAUGCUAAUGUGCCGAGUGGGAGCAAGCUGUGGAUAGUCAAAUUGGCGAAUGAUGUCACCUACAAGAGGAUGAACCAAACCAUGACCAGACUGCAGAAGUUCGGGGAGCAGGAGUACACACCCUUUAUGAGGGUGCUCUUCGGUCAAGGCUCACCUACGCCCCUCCCCUCUGAUCUCAAUGACCCCUCACAUCCUUUACACAAGCUAGAGUUCAACGACCCAAGCUUGAACGACAGCCAAAAGGAAGCUAUCAGGUUUGCUCUGGCUUCUCGAGAAGUUGCACUAAUCCACGGUCCACCGGGCACAGGGAAGACGCAUACAUUGAUUGAGCUCAUACUGCAGCUACUGAAGCAGAACCUUCGUCUUCUGGUGUGCGGUCCGUCCAACAUCUCAGUAGACAACAUCGUCGAGCGACUGGCUUCCCACAAAGUCAGUAUGGUCCGACUGGGCCAUCCAGCUCGCCUGUUGCCAUCUGUGCUGAACCACUCACUCGACGUCCUUACCCGCACAUCCGAAGCUGCAGCCCUAGUCCAAGACGUACGCAAAGAGAUGGAUGAUAAACAAGCCUCGAUACGCAAGACCCGCAACGGCCAUGAGAAAAGGCAGAUCUACACCGAACUGAAAGAGCUGCGUCAAGAAUACAGAGAGCGCGAGAAAGGCUGUGUGAACAACCUCGUUGGAGGCGCCAAAGUAGUUCUCGCAACACUCCACGGUGCCGGAGGUUUUCAUCUCAAGGGUCAGGAAUUCGACGUCGUCAUUGUCGAUGAAGCAAGCCAGGCGCUUGAGGCACAAUGCUGGGUCCCUAUUCUCUGGGUCAAAGCAAACAAGCUCGUUCUUGCAGGCGACCACCUGCAGUUGCCACCCACGAUCAAGUCACUGAACUCGAAAGAGUCGAAGGCUAGUAAGAAAGUCGCAACAAGCGUGAAAGGGGACCCGUCGGGCAUCAGCAAGACUCUCGAAACAACGCUCUUCGACCGCCUUCUCGCCCUCCACGGACCCAGCAUAAAACGCAUGCUCACAACCCAAUACCGCAUGCACGAAGCCAUAAUGCGCUUCCCGUCCGACGCUCUCUAUGGCUCAGAACUCUUCGCCGCCGAUGCAGUGAAAGACCGCCUGCUCACCGAUCUCCCCUACGACGUCGAAGAAACAGAGGACACGAAAGAGCCUCUGGUAUUUUGGGACACGCAGGGUGGCGACUUCCUUGAGAAAAUUGAAGACGAGGGUGUCAUCGGCAAGGGCGGCAAGGGCAUGAGUCUGGGCGACAGUAAAAGCAACGAAGCCGAAGCCGCACUGGUCAGAAUGCACGUUAAUAACCUCAUCGAUGCCGGUGUGAGGGAGGAGGACAUUGCCGUCAUUACGCCGUAUAACGCGCAGGUACGUCGAAUUUCCCUCAUCAAUGCGAUCGCGGAUGCAAGCCCUUAGAUCUGCUCGCCUACCCAUCUGCAGGUUGAAUCGUAGGCGGUACGGCCGCGCCGAUCCGAGGAGUGUGGGCGAUGGGAUCCCUGUCCUCUUUGCUUCCCUUGACAUCGAAACUUCCACAACUGACUGU